AUGGAGUUAUACAAUAACAUACAGCAUUCCUUUGUCAUGAAUAAUGUGUCCAUGCCUGUCCCCUGCAAAAAUAAAUUUCAAAGGGUAGGAGAACUAGGAAGUGUAAGGGCAACAAGAGCCGUCAAAGGGGUUGUUUCUCUAUUGGCUGUUCAUCCUUCUACAGUAAAUACGCUUGGAAAACAGCUCCUGCCAAAAACAUUCGGACAGUCUAAUGUCAACAUUGCACAACAAGUGGUUAUUGGUACACCUCAGAGACCUUCAGCGCCAAAUACUAUCCUGGUAGGAAGUCCACAUACACCUAACACACAUUUUGUAUCACAGAACCAGACUGCAGAUUCUUCGCCGUGGUCCGCUGGGAAGCGGAACAAAAAAGGAGAGAAGAAUGGCAAGGGUUUACGUCAUUUCUCUAUGAAGGUUUGUGAGAAGGUACAAAGAAAAGGAACCACCUCAUACAAUGAGGUGGCAGACGAGUUGGUUGCAGAAUUCAGUACCACUGAUAAUCACAUUUCACCAAAUGAAUCACAGGCUUAUGACCAGAAGAAUAUUAGACGACGUGUCUAUGAUGCCUUAAAUGUCCUUAUGGCCAUGAACAUUAUCUCUAAGGAGAAGAAGGAAAUCAAAUGGAUUGGUCUACCUACUAACUCGGCUCAGGAAUGUCAGAAUUUAGAGGUGGAGAAACAGAGAAGACUUGAAAGAAUAAAACAAAAACAGUCUCAACUACAAGAACUCAUUCUACAG